GACCCAUUGAUUCUCCACCCACCGUAUACCGGCCGGCCUUCCUCCGCCGCGCAAUCCAUUGAGGCAUCUGCGUACCCACUACCACCUCAAUAUCCCGCCUCGCCUUCCUUCUCGCAAAUGUCGAGAAGCCCACAACCUAUCAAGCAAGGUAGUCAAUCACCUUACCCCAGCCCAUAUGGCUCAUAUCCAUACCCACCACCCCGCCGACCCUCUCUUGCUUCCCAUCAAUCUUUCAGCAGCGAAAACGGCAACCUCAGCGGCGAGGAGUCGAAAGAAAAGGGACGAUGCACUUACCCAGAGUGCGGGAAGUUAUUCAAGGACUUGAAAGCCCAUUUGCUCACCCACCAGAAUGAGAGGCCCGAGAAAUGCCCCAUCCAAACAUGCGAUUAUCACAUCAAAGGCUUUAGUCGGAAGUACGACAAGAACAGGCACACUCUCACACACUACAAAGGCACCAUGGUAUGUGGUUUCUGCCCGGGUUCCGGAUCUGCGGCAGAAAAGUCCUUCAACCGCGCAGAUGUCUUCAAGAGACAUUUGACUUCCGUCCAUGCUGUUGAGCAAACACCGCCAAACAGCCGAAAGAAGACGUCCGGCAACAUUAAUAACACCAAGAAGCUCUCAGGAUAUGCGCCAGAUGCCACUGGCAAGUGUUCCACCUGCUCGGGCACCUUCUCGAAUGCACAAGACUUCUACGAGCAUCUGGAUGACUGCGUUCUUCGAAUCGUGCAACAAGAGGAGCCUUCAGAGGCAAUCAAUGCUGCGCGCCUUGCAGAGGUUGAACAAGAUCAGGCGGUCCAUGAGACCCUCCGCAACAACGCCCUGCUAACCGCAACCACCAACAUGUACUCGGCAGAGGAGGAUGAAGAUGGAGAGGACCUCGAAGACGUGAACGACGACGAUUUCAAUCUCCGCCCCAAGUCCUCGCGAAAGGGUCGGGGCCACCGCAACCCUGCAAAUGGGGUACAAAAAUCUCGAGGACUCACACACUCGAAAGGCGGUGUGACACUGAACACAAAGGGUCGCAAGAAGCGCAAGGACUACCCAUCUUCCUGGGGGUGCCCAGCUUCACAAAUGAAAAUGAAGAAGCGCGUUCUCUGCGUGUUCGACGGGCAACGUCGUCUCUGGAAAGAUGACAUGAUGUUGGACACGGACUAUGAAGUUCGCAUGAAGCUCAGUGACGGGAAAGCAUACGUCACUGACCUCGAUGUCCAAUCUAUGCGACGAGCAGACGCCUUCCACAACUCCACUGAGGAGGAGAAAGGCCCAUGGAUCGCUGAUGACUUGACGGGAAUGGAUUUGGAGAAGCUAAUGGAAGUUCCAAGCAAGCGCGAAUAGAGUCGCCGCCUUCUCUCAUGAGAUAUGGAAUAUGUGUUAUGAAGAUACCUUUCUUCGUUUAUACCAAAUUUUUUUUUUGACGACAUACUUUUUUCUUUUAAUUGGCGUACGGGUUCUGGGACGGACGAUACCAUUGCAGAAGACAAAAGCUCUAUUCCAAUUUAUCAUCAUCAGCAUGCAUGCAUGAGAGAGUCUGCUUCGUGGAGCGUUUUUCAGCGCUAUGGGUCUCUACCUCUCUCUGCCCUUCUCAUCUUCAAGACAGUGUUCGGCCGCCGGCCGGUCCGUAUCAUGUAUGUUCGCAAAUAGCUAGCUGUUGGCUGGGAGGAGAAACAUGUUACUAUUAAAGUAAUUAUAAAUGAGAGUCAAAUCUUCACUACCACCAUCGU